AAUCAUGCCUAGAUAUUUCUCCCCCAAAUAUUAGUAAUAUGCCCUCCAACACAAUUUCAUCGGAAGCGGUUAUCACACUCACACCACCAACCUUUGCGCCUCCGAAGCCUCCUUCCUUUUCUCGCCGCCGCCGCCGCCGCCGUUCAAUCUCUCUUACCUAUUGUGUCUGUUGCUUGCAAUUAGGUGAAUAGAACCCUAAUUAAAGUAUGGGCCAGCGGAGUGAUUAUGGAAAAGUGUUAUCUGAGUAUUCUGGAACUGAGGGAGGGAAAAGAAGAAAUGUAAGUGAUGAGAAUUUAAUAGGACCUGAGUAUACAGUGUAUCGUUAUCUCUGCCCUUUGAGGAAGAUUGGGAGCAUAAUCGGUAUUGGGGGUGAUAUUGCGAAGCAACUGAGGGCUCAAACGCAAGCAAAGAUUAGGAUUAGUGAAACAAUUCCGGGGUGUGACGAGCGAGUAAUUACAAUUUACAGUGUGGGGGACGAAACAAAUGAGUAUGGAAAUGAACACAUUUCGGCUGCUCAGGAUGCUCUGUUUAGAGUUCAUGAUCGUGUCGUGGCUGAGGAAUCGCCAGUGAAUGGUUCUCUUGAUGACCCUCUGCAAGUCAAUGUAAGGUUGCUUGUGCCAUCAGAUCAAAUAGGUUGUGUCAUUGGUAAAGGCGGGCAGAUAAUUCAGAGCUUAAGGAACGAAACUCUUGCACAGAUCAGAAUUUUGGGCAGCGAGCAUUUGCCGCCUUGUGCUUUAAGUUCUGAUGAACUCAUUCAGAUCAACGGAGAAGCUAACGUCGUUAAGAACGCCCUUUACCACGUGGCGCUUCGCCUUCAUGAAAAUCCGUCACGAUCACAGCAGAAUUUAUUGACGUCGCCCAGCAUUUAUAGAUCUGGAAUCGGUUACAACAGCCCACAUGUCGGGGGUCCACCCAUGGGCGUGACUUCCCUAACGGUUCCCUACGGGAAUCACAGAAGUACUGGUAUCGCAAAGGAAUUUGCAAUUCGUAUCGUUUGUCCCGUCGAAAAUCUUGGGGCCGUGAUCGGCAAAGGCGGUGCUAUUAUCAAACAAACGCGACAGGAAUCGGGUGCGUUCAUUGUUGUCGAUAGUUCUGGGGCGGAUGAAGAUGAUUGCAUUAUAUCCAUCUCUUCUCGAGAGGUACUUGAAGCGCCUUCUCGGACUAUCGAUGCGGCGGUGCGGUUGCAGCCUCGGUGCAGCGAGAAAAUACUACGCGAGUCGGGUGAUCCUGUCAUCACUACCCGUCUGCUAAUCCCGAGCUCAAGAAUUGGAUGCGUCAUCGGUAAGGGUGGUGCUAUAAUUAAGGAGAUAAGAAGUACUUCUCGAGCAAGUAUUCGCAUUUUUACCGAUGAAAAUGUUCCGAAAGUUGCGCUGGAAGACGACGGGAUGGUCCAGAUAAUUGCCGACGCAAAUGCUGCGAAGAAUGCGUUAUUACAAGUCCUGCAGCGCUUGAGAGCUAAUGUAUUCGAGACCGAUGGAAAUCUACCAGCGUUUUCACCGCCCGUCCCACCCCUGGCUGACGAGGCAUUCAACGGUCCGAAAUACGCAAAUUGCGGCGAUUCUCGAGCACGUAAUCAAGGAUACUCGGCGUAUGCUGGUAGCUACGGCGCUAAACCCUCGCCUCCACCUAACAGUUAUGGGGCUUAUGACAAUUCACAGAUUGUCGGCGGAAGUGGCUACGGCGACUACGCAGGUUAUCCGUCUGGUCACUCUCCCGGUGCCAGCUACGGCGCCUGAUACUGAAAGCGCGAAGCAUAAUCGAUAAACAGACAAGCGAUCGAGACGCGGCUAUUCCCUAAUUUGCCCCUGAAAGCUCUGUUUUUUUUUACAUCUUUCCUUGCCAAUGUUUUGAAUCAGAAAAAUUUAACUCAACCUGUGUGUCUUGAUGGAUCCGGAUUUUGUUUUAGACCUUUUUCUACCUCAACAUUGGCUGAAACUAUAAGCUUCUUGAUCUGGUCUUGAUC